CUGUGGACCAAAGCGCAUGUUCAGCAGUGGUUACAUUGGGCAAUAAAACAAUAUUCUCUACGAGAUAUAAAUACAUCACAGUUCUUGAGUACAGACGGGGUGAAACUUUCUCAAAUGAGCAAAGAAGACUUCCACGAAAAAAUGUCUCCGUACAAUGCUGAUAUUUUAAUGAAGCAUUUAGGAUAUCUGCGUCAAAGUAAGUUUGCAUUUAUGAGAAUUAGUUUUUUUUGUAUAUUUUAA